AUGGGCCGUCCUUCUGUUCCUCUGUCUGCGGACCUUCCGCCCUUGAUCAUGGGUACUGCGACGUUCAACUCGCAGUAUAACCCUGAUCCGUAUGCGCUGCCCACGACCGAGCUCGUCCAUCACGCCCUCUCUCGCGGUGUACGCGCCUUCGACACCUCGCCUUACUAUGGUCCUGCGGAGGAACUGCUUGGUCGGGCCCUAGCGACGGAUUUCGUGUGCUCAGAAUUCCCCCGGAACACGUACAAAUUGUUGACGAAAGUUGGCCGGGUCGCCUCCUCGUCUUUCGACUACUCUCCCCAGUGGAUCCGGCAGAGCGUCCGUCGCAGCCUCCAGCGGCUGCACACCGACUACCUGGACGUUGUAUACUGCCAUGAUGUGGAGUUUGUGAGUGCCGGCGAGGUCCUGGAGGCCGUGCGGGAACUGCGUCGCAUCCGGGACGUGCAGGGCACCGUCCGCUACGUGGGGAUUUCCGGAUAUCCAGUCGACGUGCUGUGCGACCUGGCGGAGAUGGUUCUGCGUGAAACGGGCGAACCCCUCGACGCAGUCAUGUCGUAUGCCAACUACACUCUGCAGAACACCCGCCUGUUGACCCACGGACUGCCCCGUCUGGUCGCCGCACAGGUAGACGUGAUCCCCAACGCCUCGCCGCUAGGCAUGGGUCUUCUGCGCCGCACGGGUGUGCCCAUCGGCAGCAUGGGCGAUUUCCACCCGGCCCCCGACGCCCUGCGCACCGUCAUCCACCACGCCAGCAAUUGGGCAGAGACGCAGGGCGAGAGGAUCGAAGUCAUCGCCAUCCGCUACGCGCUCGAGUCUUGGCUGCUCAGCGCCGCGAAAGCAGGGUCCCUGGGUUCCCCGCUGGCGCAGUCCGCAGAUUCCCACCCGGCCUUCCUCUCUGCCGCUCACACAGGGACCGGCAACCGCCUGGGAGUCAGCGUGAUGGGCGUGAGCAACUUGGAUGAGCUCAACGAAACCCUACGCGUGUGGCGCAGUAUCAUCGACGGGCUAGAGACCCGUGAUAACGAUGACGACAAUGCCCCCCUCCUCUUACCAGACGAAUCAAUAGUUCAAGCCCCCGGCAUCCUCACUCCCUCCAACGGCCUGGUCACUGACCGUGCCUGGUCCCGCUCGCGCCGGGAGCGCAUCCUCUCUCUAACGCAGGGGAUCAGGGACAUCCUAGGCCCGGAAUGGGUGGAUUACACUUGGGCCAGUCCGGGGCCCGGUUUCGUCAACUCUCUCCCCGAAGAGCACGUCGCUGCCCUCCGCGCGAGUGCCGGCACCCCUCCGGCCGCUGAGCAAGUGUCCUGCGGUAUCUUUGGUGAUUGCAUGCUGACACCCCCGCUGGAGGCGGCGGACCCACGUGUGGAGCGACAGACCAGACCCAGUGGUGUGGAUUCGAGAUCGACUCCUUGA